CUAUAACGAAGCACCGCGAGACUGUAUCGCUUAGCAACAGAUCUGCCUAGUCGUAAGGAAAGACGUGGAAGUGUCGUAAAUAACACGAUCUAAGUAACCGAGCGAAGAGAGACACUACUAGAAACGCCUGGUGUCCAUCCUAUCGGAAAGAAGCAGGGGGAUAGCCAACAAACUAGGGGUUGGUCGAAGUGAGAUUACACCGGGAAACAAAGCAUAAGACAAACAUUAAACAGGCACGCCGGAGACAAAGGAGAGCCUGCCAGCGCACGAUAAAAAGAUACCCCGGGAAAUGAGCAUCUGUAGCGGCCGGGUCUGUCAGGAAACACCGCGGAUUGGGCGCUGCGGUAUCGACGCGGUCCCUGAGAAAUACAUCCUGUAACCGGCGAAUACACAACGCUAAAAGUGAACAACUGCACUUUCAAAGAUGUGUCUAAGGAAGGAAAACAACACACUGAACAAUUGCACAAAACCGGCGUUUUGAAGAGGUUGUUGGCUUCUGAAACCCAGCCAUAGCUCAGUGCAAGACAAAAGCAUAGCGUUUUAGAAACCUCGAAUUUGUAAAUAUGAACAGCAAUGAGUAGUCUUCUAAAUCGUUUUGAAGUCACUAGUCUUAACGUGUGUCAGGUCUGUACUGCUGGUCAGUUAUGCUUGGUACACAUGCAAAAGGCAGCUUCUAAUGAAAAUUGAAACGUUUGUCAUAAUUGAAUAAUAACGACAGAAACAAAACACCUGUGCUUUUAGUAUUUUUUGUAUUUUUAUAGCUGUUUGUUGAAAGCAGAGGGGUGUACGUUGUGUCUGUUUUCCAGGGCUUUGCAAUGGUUUGCGUAUAGGUGUUAAUCUGUGUUUUUAUUUAACACUGAGGUGUGAAAAUUCUAGCCUCUCUCUUCCCAGGCGUGUAUUAGAUCAGGGACGGAUUUUGUUUUUUCUAGCAAUAUUAUACAACGUACAGAUUUUAAACCACGCACAAGCCUUCAGCUGUAAUAAACUCACCCCCAUGCCAACUGAUUUAGUUUUUUUUUCUUUUCUCCCUCCCACUGUCUCUCUGGGAGCAUCCCUAUAAAACAUAAAUCGCUUUAAUACUAUCACUGUCAUUCCCACGCUGCUUCAAUCUUAAUCUUACCUUGAUUACUGUAAAGACAAUGAAAGAUUGUGAAUACCAGCAGAUCGAUCCGCAGGCUCUUCCAACACCCGCUCCGCUCGCCGCACCCGAACCCGAACCCGAACCCGGGUCCGAGAAGAAAACCCGGCGGCCUCGGAGGAAAUGGGAAGUCUUCCCGGGAAGAAACCGUUUUUACUGCGAUGGAAGAAUCAUCGUAGCUCGACAGAAUGGCGUGCUGCCGCUGACUCUGGGCCUUAUUCUCAUCACCAGUGGCCUCUUCUUCACUUUCGACUGUCCGUUUCUGGUGGAGCACUUGACGAGGACCAUCCCUGUGAUUGGCGCGGUCCUCUUCUUCUUUGUAGUGAUCUCCUUGCUGCAGACCAGCUUCAGUGAUCCUGGGAUACUGCCCAGAGCCACACCGGACGAGGCGGCAGAUGUGGAGAAACACAUUGAUAGCUCAGGUUCUUCUACUUACCGUCCUCCUCCGAGAACGAAGGAAGUCAUGAUCAACGACCAAGUUGUGAAGUUAAAAUACUGCUUCACCUGUAAAAUGUUCAGACCACCUAGAACCUCGCACUGCAGCCUCUGUGACAACUGUGUAGAACGCUUUGACCAUCACUGUCCAUGGGUUGGGAACUGUGUUGGAAGACGAAACUACAGAUUUUUUUAUACCUUCAUUCUGUCGCUGUCGUUUUUGACCGCAUUCAUCUUUGGCUGUGUGAUAACGCACCUCACGCUACGCUCGCAGAGUAACGGGGUUAUUCAAGCGCUUCAGGACAGUCCAGCGAGUGUUGUGGAGCUGGUGGUGUGUUUUUUCUCAGUAUGGUCUAUCCUUGGCCUCUCAGGGUUCCACACCUAUCUUGUUGCCUCUAACAUGACCACAAAUGAAGAUAUUAAAGGCUCCUGGUCCAGUAAACGAGGUGUGGAGGAAUCGGGUAACCCCUACAGCUACAGCAAUGUCUUCACAAACUGCUGUGCAGUGCUCUGUGGACCCAUGCCACCAAGUUUGAUCGACAGAAGAGGUUUCGUCGAGGUGGGCAGUGUCGCUCCUCCUCAUCCUCAUCCUGCCUCCAUCAUGGGAAAAAAUGACACCAGCAUGUGUGCGCAGGGCACUAAACACCUUCUCGAGACCGCUACGCGCUCGCUGUUCAUGACGGGCCAGCGCACGCCGAGGGACCUCAAGCCGGUGCCUGAACCCGCGACUAGCCAUACCGCCUGUGCCUCAGGAGACCCUCACCCAGCACCUCCCAGUCCCCCGGGCAGAGCUCAGCCUCCCCCUGGACCAGAAACGAGGAAAAACAACGGAGCAAAGAAACAGAAAACACACCAUAAAACCUAAUGACCGACUCGCCAGACCUAACUCCAUGCAGAUCCCUUUACAUUGAAAAGCUUUUUUUUUUUUUUUUUUU